AUGAUCUCCUUAAAGCACACCGGGCGGACCAGGCAAGUGGUCGCGGAGCCGUCGUCUUCGCGCAUCGUCCCCCGCCCAGUUCCCGAAUCGCAGGCGCAGGACCCGCGCGGGUACCAGCUCGCCCAGCUGCGCCGCCGCUUCUCACCCCGCGAAACGGCUGUCGGCGGCGCCACCUCGCUCGUCUUCAAGCUUGUCCCGUCAGACCCCGACUUCCCCUUUGAGCUGGCGCAUCUCGAGUGCGACCUGCGCGUGCCCGACGCAUACCCCGAGGCGAGACCCCAGCUGCGCGUGCGAAAUAGCGACAUGCCCCGCGGCUUCGCCAUCAACGUCGAACGCGGGUGGGAGCGCCUGGCCGAGAGGCGGACAUCGACGUUGCUGGCCCUGGUCAACGCGCUCGACAAGAACCUCGAAAGCUUCCUCUCGGAGCAAAAGGCCGAGACGGUCAAGCUCGUGCCCGUAAAGGACACGCGCCACCUCGAUGCGGAGCACGCCGGGGUCCCCUCCCCGGCGCAACCGCAACCGCAACCGCAGCAACUCGCCGCGAGGCCCAAGCCGCCGCCCUACAAGCCCGAACCCACAUAUACGAGGGAGCAGACCGCCGAGGCCAAGGCCCGGCGCGCGCAAGAGGUGCGCCAGCUCGAGGCACGCAUGGGUAGGCUGCCCCGGUUCCGCCGAUCUCCCGACGGCGUCGUCUUCACGCUCCCCAUCGAGCCCAAGCGCCGCGACGAGCUACCCCCCGGCCUGCACUCGGUCAACAGCCUGCACCUCAUCGUGCCGCUCCUGUAUCCCCUGCAGGACCUGCGCGUGCAGCUCAACGAGGCUGACGCCGCCGACGCGGAGCCCGUGGAAGAGCUGUUUACGCAGCGCGCCGCGUCGCAAAAGAGCAUGUCCCUCAUGAGCCACGUCAACUACCUCGCCCAAAACCUCCACACACUCGACAAGCAGGCGAGACUGGCCAAAAAGGCCCAGGAAGCCGAGGCGCAAAAGGAGGCGGAGCAGGAGGCGGAGCGGGAGGCGGCGAGAGCAGCGGAAAGGGUGCAGCAAGAGGCACAGCAAAAGCCUCAAGAGACGGAGAACACGCACAUCAAGGUCAUCCCGCGGCCACCUGAAUGGGACAGAGACUCGGAUGAGGACGAGGAUACGGAGGAGUCGUCAGACGACGGCGGCGCGGCACUCCCCGAAGAACCCGCCGAGGCGGCCACGGCAGCGGCCACGGACACGCCCGAGCGCGGCACCAUGAUUUCCUUUCCGUAUGUUGAGCUCCACGGCAUCGAGGUCCUCCAGGUCUCCCUUCUGAGCCUCACCGUCAAGUGCGAGCGCUGCAGGACCCCCAACGACAUGACGGGCCUCAAGCCCGGCGUCGAGAAGAAGGGCAGCUGCAGCAAGUGCGGCACCCAGCUCGCGGCCCUCUUCCGCCAGCAGCUCGUCCACCAAAACUCGACGCGCGCCGGAUUCAUCGACCUGUCCGGAUGCCGCGUCGCCGAUAUGCUCCCCAGCACCUUCGUGCCGACGUGCUCGCGCUGCUCGACGCCCUGCCAGGGGCUCGUCUCCGUCCGUGGCGAGACUACGACAAACGUGUGCCGCGAGUGCCACGGCAAGUUUACCUUCAAGGUGCCGGAGGUCAAGUUCCUCUUCAUCACCCCCGGCUCGCGGGCCCCGCCCACCAUGGGCCCCCGGCGCCGCGUCGAGAAGCUCGGCCUCCACGCGGGGGAGCCGCUCCCGGACCGCGGCGCCUGCGCCCACUACCGCAAGUCGUUUCGCUGGUUCCGAUUCUCGUGCUGCAGCCGUGUUCACCCCUGCGACCGCUGCCACGACGCCGCCGAGGACCACAUGAAUGAGUGGGCCAACCGCAUGAUCUGCGGCUUCUGCAGCCGUGAGCAAAACUACGCCGUCGACUCGUGCACGUUUUGCGGCCGUAGCGUCAUCGGCAAGCGCGGCAGGGGCUUCUGGGAGGGCGGCAAAGGAACCAGGGACCAGCGCACCAUGAGCAGAAAGGACCCGCGCAAGUACAAGAGAUUGGGGCCGGGUUAA